UAUAAAUUUCAAAGUGGCCCCUGUAUUUUUCAAAUUCACCCUUCACAUGGUCCAAUUUGGCCCCUACAACGGGGUCAAUUCAGCCCCAAAAUUGGUGCCAAAAACAGCCCCAUUUCAAUGGGGCCAAAUUGAUCCUAAGCGAGUGCCAAACUGGACUCACUCGUUUUGGCCCCAUUUUUGGGGCCAAAUCAACUCUUUUAAUUUUACAGUGCAGCGUUUAAACGUAUGUUAAUCACGUUAAAUUACUUUUCUUCUCUAUUUUUUUUAUUUCAGAACGAUCUUGUCAUGAAAAAAUAUCGGCCUUGGAAUUCGACUGCUUGUAUCAAGCAAGGCAGAGGAAAACCAAUUCAAUAUGUCGUCAAGCAUCACCUUAUCGUGGCCGAGCGUUACAAAACACUCUUCUGUUUCGUUCCUAAAGUAGCAUGUAGCAACUGGAAACGAAUUUUUCACGUUUUAGGUGGACAUUUCAACUCAACUGAAGAUAUCUCGCACGACACCUCGCACGAAUCAGGAAAGUUACGCUUUUUGAGACAUUAUUCAGAUGCUAUAAAAGUAAAUAACAUGUUGAAAACAUACAAAAAGAUUGCAUUUGUUCGCGAACCUAUGGAGCGAUUUCUGUCGGCCUACCGGAGUAAAUUUGCACCCGUUGAUCCCCCUAGAAGGGGAUUUUACUACAACAUCGGCCGGAACAUCAUCAAGAGGAUGCGGAAGAAUUCUACAGGGUUAACUCCAGAUUAUCCCACAUUUAAGGAAUUCGCAAAUUUCGCGAUUUCUACGCCUGUUAGCUCUCAUGAUGAACACUGGGAUCGUCAGCAUAAUUUAUGCGCUCCGUGUGAUAUGAAUUAUGACUUUGUCGGUACAUAUGAUAAUAUCAAAGCAGAUGCUGACGCCGCUAUUAUGUUGAUGGGAGCUGAUAAAGAGGUUACAUUCCCAAAUGUCGAAGCUGCACCCGAAGGAGAAGGAUCACAAACGAAGAUGAAGACUUUCUAUUCGCAAAUAUCGCAGGAAGAAUUCACACGACUGCAGAAUAUAUACGCGCAAGACUAUGAAAUUUUUGGAUUCAAAAAGCCCAGUUAUCAAGAAAUAGUGAGUUCUUGAACUGCUUCAGCAAGAAGGAAAAUGGGGGCACCGCAGGAAAAGAUAACUUGACAUUAAUUAACAUGGCGAAAAACUGUGAAAAGCGCACAGUCUUUAAGCUAUGUCUACCUCUUAGAUUUGAUGGGAUUAUAAAAUUUGCUAACUGCUGAGUUGACAAGCAAUUUAUUAUUCUAGAUUUGAUGAUGUUGUCUACAGCCAGAUUUGUUACGAUAAAUAGUAGAGUGGAAAUUUUUCAUACAACAUUUUCUCUAUUUAUGAAUGUUUGUAAAUUUACAUUUGUAAAUUUACUAAUACCACAAGAGUAUCACUUUGUCUUCACUUUUACGCUGCACGUACAACAAAAGCGCAUUAAAUAUACUUGUUUCGUACAGGAAACAGGGGGGAGGGGGGGGGAGUUUAUUGAGCUAUGACGAAAUGGAUACUUGUCCGGCCAAAAAUGAGUUAUGUCCAAGUAAAAUUAUAUUUGACCGCACAACUAGACAGACGCGCCCAAUUUCUUCUACCAUAAACUUCUUAUGGUGUUAGUUUUAGGAAUUGAUAUUUACAUGAUUCUUUAUGAGCACAAUUGCUCAGGUGAUUACAGAUGCCCACGCUCUGAUUGGUCAAAAAUUACCCCAUAUCUUGCCGUAAUCACUCCCUGCGAAGUGAUAAUCAUAAUGAAGCCCUGAUUUUCAAAUGGCCAUCCUGUGAGUUAAAAGAAGCAAAUCAAACGGAAGAAAGAGCAGCUUCUCUGAUAAUCACCCGAACAGUUAUGCUAAGAAAGAAAAUAAUCCCCUCAGGCUAAUAUUAUGGAUUGACACCCACGAAUUUUUGUAUCGGGGACUAUUUGACAACACUCGCUCGGCCUUAAGCGAAUAAUUGUUAAAUGAAUAUUUGUCUCCAUGUCGCCAUCCUCUGCUUAAUGUUUUACUGAUAUAUUAUGGGAGGAAAAUAGCUGUCAGUGGUUAAUCAUGCUUGACUCUACUUACUUGUUUCAUGCAUUUAAGUUCAACGAUGCGACUUACAGACAAUUUUCUUCUUCCUUUUCACAGAUGAAAUGACUUUUCUUCCUUUAAUUCAAU